AUGCCUAAGGAAAAGACCUCCACCCGCACCAAGACCAAGCGUGUCGAGAGAAAGAAGAAGGACCCCAAUGCCCCCAAGCGUGGUCUUUCCGCCUACAUGUUCUUCGCCAACGACAACCGUGACAAGGUUCGCGAGGAGAACCCCGGUAUCUCUUUCGGCCAGGUCGGCAAGAUGCUGGGAGAGAGAUGGAAGGCCCUGAGCGACAGCGAGCGCCGGCCCUACGAGGAGAAGGCCGCCACCGAUAAGAAGCGUUACGAGGAUGAGAAGGCGAGCUACAACGCUGCGCAGGAAGAAGACGAAGAGGAAUCCUCUUAA